AUGCCUAGUUACGCCAAAUUCUUGAAAGAUAUUUUAUCUAACAAAUGCAAGCUAGAGGAACAUGAGACUGUAAUGUUGACAGAGGAAUGUAGUGCCAGAAUACAAAAGAAGCUACCUCCUAAGUUAAAAGAUCCAGGGAGUUCAAGUAUUAAUUUGAUGCCAUUAUCUAUUUUUAGAAAACUGGGUUUAGGGGAGGCUAAAGCAACUACAGUGACUUUACAGCUAGCUGAUCGGUCUAUCACGCACCCAAGAGGAAUUAUUGAGGAUAUCUUGGUGAAAGUGGACAAAUUCAUCUUCCCAGUUGAUUUUCUCAUUCUUGACAUGGAGGAGGAUAGGGAUGUUCCACUUAUUUUGGGUCGACCAUUUUUAGCUACCGAUAGAGCCCUUAUUGAUGUGCAAAAAGGUCAACUGAUUUUGAGACUUGGUGAAGAACAUGUCACAUUUAAUGUGUUCAAGGCCAUAAGAUAUCCAGCAGAGUCAGACAGUUGCUUCCAGAUCGAUGUGAUUGAUAAUACAGUAAAUGAUACGUUCCCGUUGCAUAAUCCACCAGAUCCAUAUGAGGCAUGCAUUGUACACUCUCAAUCUACUCAAUCUGAUUCUAAUGAGAUUGAAACAUGUGCAAGAAAUCUUGAAGCUAAUCCUACAUAUAGGCGCAGACCACACUUUAAGGAAUUAGGCACUGGUCCUACAAAGCCUUUGCCAUCAAUUCAAAGGCCCCCUGAGUUAGAGCUCAAGCAGUUGUCAUCUCACCUUCGUUAUGCCUACCUGGGAAAAUCUUCCACAUUGCCUGUUAUUAUUUCAAACUCCAUUAGUAAGCUUGAAGAAGAGAGAUUGCUAAGAGUACUCAGAGAAAAUUAA